UGACAAGAGCAGAUCUGCAGCGCUUACAAAAAACAAAAAAGUUUGUACGAGGGAACUGAACUUCCUCUUUCGAGUGGGAGGGUCCUCUGUUGAGUUGAAAAGUGAGUGCAGUUCCUCUUUCCUGGUACAAACAGUUCUGAUUAAUCUGCAACAAGGAUGCACAUGUUGUGUGCCGUGUUGCUUUUGGCAUUUCUGGUUGUUGGCCGAUCUUCGCCUUCCUCAGAAAAGCUGUGGGAAGAAUGGAAAACCACACACAGCAAAGUUUACAGUAAUCAGACCGAGUUCGCCUUCAGGAGGGCAAUAUGGGAGAAGAACGUGCGUUUAGUGCUGAGGCACAACGAGGAGGCCUCAGCGGGAAAACACAGCUUCACGUUAGGACUGAACCACUUGGCUGACAUGACCACCGAGGAGAUCAAUGAGAAGCUGAACGGUUUCAAGCUGGAGGACCCUGAUGGUUUCACGAACGCCACUUUUAAGGAUGCGAGCGGCCUGUCAGCACCUCAGAGUGUCGACUGGAGGAAAGACGGCCUGGUCAGUCCAGUGAGAAACCAGGGGCUAUGCGGGUCGUGCUGGGCUUUCAGCUCUUUGGGAGCUCUGGAGGGCCAGAUGAAGAAGAAAACGGGUGUCCUCGUUUCCCUGAGUCCUCAGAACCUGGUGGACUGCAGCAGCAACGUGGGGAACCUCGGCUGCAGGGGGGGAUUCAUCUCAAGAUCCUACACGUACAUCAUUAACAACGGAGGCGUCGACUCGGAGAGCUUUUACCCUUACGAACACAAGAACGGGAAAUGCCGCUAUUCGGUGAAGGGAAAGGCCGCGUACUGCUCUAACUUUCACAUCCUUCCACGGGGAGACGAGAAGAGCCUGCAGGCAGCAGUGGGGUCGGUGGGGCCGGUCGCUGUGGCUGUGAAUGCUAUGCUGCGGUCCUUCCACCUGUACAAAGGAGGUUUAUACAACGUACCCGACUGCAACCCCAAGCUCAUAAACCACGCUGUGCUGGUAGUGGGCUACGGCACAGACGCAGGGCAGGACUACUGGCUCGUGAAAAACAGUUGGGGAACUGCGUGGGGAGAAGGAGGCUUCAUUCGGAUUGCCAGGAACAAGAAUAACCUAUGCGGCAUUGCCAGCUUUGCUGUUUACCCAACUGUGUGAAUAUGUGGUUAUUUUAUUUAGGUAUUUUAAUUUAAUAUCAGAGACCAUGUGUUAUAUAAAUAUACUUAAUGACCAAAAAUGCAUAAAAUGCUGUAAAAUGCUAUAAAAUACUAAAACAAAAAGGUUGAAAUGUUAAUAUAAUUUUUUCAUGGAUGUCUAUAAUUAGGUUUUAAUUGAGUAUUUCACAUGUCUGUAGCUGUAUUUCAUAUAUUUAUUGAAAUAUAGAAUUUUAAAUAAUGACUUUGCUUUUUGUGUGCUGAAGUAAACUUGAUGGGCUCAUCAAUGUAUAUUAAAUGUUAUUAUUGCUCAUAAUAAUAGUUAUUUCUUGUUUUAUAAUUACAGAUAUGAGAUUUGUGAGGGAAUCAUUAUUUAAAUAACUGGAUUGCUUUUGGAUUUUGUUGUAAAUAUAAAGGUUCUUCAGUCCAGUA